CCACUUUUCGUACGAAGCUCUAUGCCAAAGUGGGUGUGGGUUUGUUUUGUUUUGUUUUGUUUUGGUUCUGGCUUUUUAAGUGAACCCCAUCCAGGUCUUUCCUUUCCUUUGGCGGCCUCCACAAGAAAAUGAGCAUUGUUAAUUCUGUGCAAAUAUGAGGGUCUGUGUGUAGCUUGGACUGUGGGAAGCGGAGGAAAGUCGCUCCUGUGUGCUUUCUUGCUGCCCACUCAGUGGCAGGUGCUAUCAGAGACCUCUGCCAGCCAGGAGGAAGACCCAACCCCUUUUCCCAUCUCACUCAACCCCUGCCUACAGCCACUGCUGAAAAGGCAGAAGAAACCAAGCCAGAUCAACUAUUCCCAGGACCUUUACCAGGGAGCCUACCAGCUGAUCAAAGGCCAUUCUCUCCUCACUCUAGUGGGUAUCGGACUGGAAGAUCGCUUCCAGCACACACAGCCGUUCCCCAGAUGACCUCUGCAGCAUCAAAGCUCCUACCUCCGGUUGCAUUUCAUCACACAAUUGGACACAUAGUACUUUCAGAACAUAAAAAUGUCAAAUUCAAUUGCUCGAUCAAUAUUCCUAACACGUACCAAGAAACAGCUGGCAUUUCAUGGUGGAAAGAUGGAAAGGAAUUGCUUGGGGCACAUCAUUCAAUCACACAGUUUUAUCCUGAUGAGGAAGGGGUGUCAAUAAUUGCAUUGUUCAGCAUAACCAGUGUGCAACGCUCAGACAAUGGGUCGUAUAUCUGUAAGAUGAAGGUGAACGACAAAGAGAUUGUAUCUGAUCCCAUAUACGUCGAAGUUCAAGGACUUCCGUACUUUAUUAAGCAACCCGAGAGUAUGAAUGUCACCAGAAACACAGCCUUCAACCUCACCUGCCACGCUGUGGGCCCACCUGAGCCCAUCAAUAUCUUCUGGGUUCAAAAUAGCAGCCGUGUGAAUGAGAAACCGGAAAGGUCCCCAUCUGUCCUCACCGUACCUGCACUGUUACUGUUGCAUCCUAACUGUGGCCCGGCAUUCCUGCCCCUGUCCUCUGCAGUCGCCCCACCCCCAGCCUGCCACCUACACAGUCUGACAGAGACAGCCGUCUUCAGCUGUGAGGCCCACAAUGACAAAGGCUUGACAGUGUCCAAGGGUGUGCAGAUCAACAUCAAAGCAAUCCCCUCCCCACCAACUGAAGUUCACAUCCUUAGCAGCACAGCACACAGCAUCCUGCUCUCCUGGGUCCCAGGUUUCGAUGGAUACUCGCCAUUUCAGAACUGCAGCAUCCAGGUCAAGGAAGCCGACCUGCUGAGUAAUGGCUCAGUCAUGACUUUUAAUACUUCUGCUUCGACACAUCUGUAUGAAAUCCAGCAGCUGCAAGCCCUGGCUAAUUACAUCAUUGGUGUGUCCUGUCGGAACGAAAUAGGCUGGUCUGCAGUAAGCGCUUGGAUUCCGGCCAGCACGACAGAAGGAGCUCCAUCUGUGGCACCUUUAAACAUCACUGUGUUUCUGAACGAAUCUACCAAUAGUGUGGAUAUCAGAUGGAUGAAGCCUCCAAUUAAGCGUCAGGAUGGGGAACUGGUGGGCUACAGGAUAUCUCACAUGUGGGAGAGUUCGGCGACUUCCCAGAAAGAGCUUUCCGAAGAAGUCGGCCAGGAUGGUAGCUGGGCUCAGAUUCCUGUUCAAAUCCACAAUGCCACCUGCACAGUGAGGAUCGCAGCCAUCACUAAAGGGGGCAUUGGACCUUUCAGCGAGCCAGUGAAAAUAAUCAUUCCUGAACACAGUAGGGUAGAUUAUGCACCUUCCUCAACUCCAGCACCUGGCAACACAGAGUCUAUGCUCAUCAUCCUCGGUUGCUUUUGUGGAUUUGUUUUAAUUGGGUUGAUUUUAUAUAUUUCUCUGGCCAUCAGAAGAAGAGUCCAGGAAACAAAGUUUGGGGGUGCAUUCUCCGAGGAGGAUUCCCAAUUAGUCGUAAAUUAUAUAGCAAAGAAGUCAUUCUGUCGGCGGGCCAUCGAGCUUACCUUGCACAGCUUGGGAGUGAGCGAGGAGCUGCAAAAUAAACUAGAAGAUGUUGUGAUCGACAGAAAUCUUCUAAUUCUUGGAAAAAUUCUGGGGGAAGGAGAGUUUGGGUCUGUAAUGGAAGGGAAUCUGAAGCAGGAAGAUGGGACUUCUCAGAAGGUGGCAGUGAAGACCAUGAAGUUGGACAACUUUUCCCAACGGGAGAUCGAGGAGUUUCUAAGCGAAGCAGCAUGCAUGAAAGACUUCAACCACCCAAACGUCAUCCGGCUUCUAGGCGUGUGUAUAGAAAUGAGCUCUCAAGGUAUCCCGAAGCCCAUGGUGAUUUUACCCUUCAUGAAAUACGGAGACCUACAUACGUUCCUGCUGUUUUCCCGGAUAGAAACAAGACCAAAGCACAUCCCCCUGCAGACACUGUUGAAGUUCAUGGUGGACAUUGCCCAGGGAAUGGAGUAUCUGAGCAACAGGAAUUUUCUUCAUCGGGAUUUAGCAGCUCGAAACUGCAUGUUGCGGGAUGACAUGACUGUCUGUGUGGCAGACUUUGGCCUCUCUAAGAAGAUUUACAGUGGUGAUUAUUACCGCCAAGGCCGCAUUGCCAAAAUGCCUGUAAAGUGGAUUGCCAUAGAGAGCCUGGCAGACCGAGUCUACACAAGCAAAAGUGACGUGUGGGCUUUUGGCGUGACCAUGUGGGAAAUAGCAACACGGGGAAUGACCCCUUAUCCUGGAGUCCAGAACCAUGAGAUGUACGACUACCUUCUCCAUGGCCACAGGCUGAAGCAGCCGGAUGACUGCCUGGAUGAACUGUACGACAUCAUGUACUCUUGCUGGAGUGCCGAUCCCUUGGACCGACCCACCUUCUCAGUGUUGAGACUGCAGCUGGAAAAGCUCUCUGAGAGUUUGCCUGAUGCACAGGACAAGGAAUCCAUCAUCUACAUCAAUACCCAGUUGCUAGAGAGCUGCGAGGGCCUGGCAGACGGGCCCUCCCUCCCUGGGCUAGACAUGAACAUUGAUCCUGACUCCAUCAUUGCCUCUUGUACUCCUGGCACUGCCACCAGCGUGGUCACGGCAGAGGUUCAUGAGAACAACCUUCAUGAGGAGAGAUACAUCUUGGAUGGGGUCAGUGAAGAAUGGGAAGAUGUGGCCUCCACUCCUUGUGCUGCAGCCGCAUCUGGAAAGGAUGGUGUCUUACCAGAGAACAAACUCACCAAAAGUGGGAUCUCCUGGUCUCACUGCAGUACGCUACCAUUGGGGAGCCCACCCCCAGAUGAACUUUUGUUUGCAGAUGACUCCUCAGAAGGCUCUGAAGUCCCCAUGUGAGGCCAGCUGAGUGGAGGCCUGAUAGGACCAAGCACGCACUGCUUCAUGGGAUCCGGUUGCCUUAGUUACCUUACUAUUGCUGUGAUGAAACACUGUCAAGGCGACCUAUGAAAGGAAGUAUUUGGUUAGGGUUACAGUUUUGGGGUUAGUAUUUGGUUAGGUUUACAGUUUUGGAGGUUAGAGCCCAUGACUGCAGAAGGAAGCAAGAGAUGGAGAAUACUCUGGGAAAUGGCACCAUUCUUUGGAAACCUCAAAGCCUGGUCCCAGUGACACACCUUCUUCAAUAAGACCACACCUCCUGAUCCUUCCCAACAGUUCCACCAACGGGAGCCUCAGCACUCAGACAUGAGCCAUCCCCAUUCAAAGCCACACACUGGUUAUGCCUGAUACUUUGGCAUUUUUUUCCUCAUCUUCUUGUAAAGUCGGUGUCCUGACAGCACCAGGUGAAUGCUGUCAAGUCAAUUUUCACUAUAAAUACAUAACCAGUGUCUGGAGAGAUGGCUCAGGGGUUAAAAGUGCCCGCUCUUCUUGCAAAGGGCCUAAGUUGAGUCGCCAGCAACUAAGUCAGGUGGCUCACCACCACCUGUAACUCCAGAUCUGAUACUCCCUUCCAGCCUCUGAGGUCACCUGCACACAGGAGGCAUACUCACAUACAGUCAUAUAGAAAUCAAAAUAUAUUUUACAACAAAUAAACAGCAAACCUGGGGGUGUAGUUCAGCAGCUGAGUGUGUGCUUCUCCUGUGGACUGCCCUGCGUCCCAUCCCCAGACCCCCAAACAAUGCAGAAUAAAAACACGGAGGCUAGGGGAAACAGCUGGGUUGGAAAGUCCUUGACUUGUAAGCAUUAGGAUGUCAAUUUGAUCCCCAGAGCCUAUGUAACAAAAAAGUUGGGUGUGGUGGCACAAGCUUGUAAUCUCAGUGCUGGGGAAGUGGAGACAGGUGGAUUUCUGACACUCACAGGGCAGUCAGCCUAGGUGAGUCCCAGGCCAAGUGAGAUCCUGUCUCAAAGAAAAAAGGUAGACAGCACCUGAGGAGUGAUACUUAAUGCUGUCCUUUGACCUCCAUACACACACACACACACACACACACACACACACACACACACACUCACCCCAGCGUGUACACACAAGAAAAAUAUAAAUAAAAUACAUAAUAUAUUUAUUUAAAGAGAGAACAUAUAUGUAUAUGGUGGAAAGAGACAGGGAUAUUAUAUUUUAAUAAAAGAUGACUUAUUUCACUGACCUUGCAGAUCUUAAAAUGUAUUCCUCAGUGUUAACAUUUGUAAAGAAUCAAUGUUGCUUUUUAAAGUUGUUUUCUUUUCUACAGUAUUAAAUGUAAGAGUGUUUGUAAAAUGAAA